CUGAGCACUAGACCCGUCAAGUUGCCUGUCAAGUGUCAAAUUGACAUUUCUGAUUUUAAGGUUAAAAAUUUUUAAAACAAAAAAAAAUACUUUCCGUUUGAAACUUCUGUGAUAUCGGCUCGUGAUUUUACUAAUAGUAUUAAAAUGUGGGUAUUUGGUUAUGGUUCUUUGAUCUGGAAAGUAGAUUUUCCCUAUGAAGAAAAAAUUGUGGGUUAUAUAAAAAACUUCCAAAGACGGUUUUACCAGCACAGUACUGACCAUCGUGGGAUUCCUGGGAAGCCUGGCCGAGUUGUGACCUUGGUACCAGGUGAUGAAACAGACCGGGUUUACGGAAUUGCUUAUAAAAUUAGCGAUCAAGAAAAAGAAUCGGUUGUGAAGCAUCUUGAUUAUAGGGAAAAAGGCGGCUAUGUGAGAACUCCAGUCUUUUUUUAUCCUAAAGAUAAAGGGAAGCAACCUUUUGAGAUAAUUAUUUAUGUAGCAAAUGAUGAUAAUCCUCAGUAUGCCGGUCCUGCGGAUGCUGACAGUAUAGCCAAUCAAGUAGUGAAAUCUGUAGGUCCUAGUGGCACAAACAUUGAAUAUGUGUUCAACUUAGCUAAAGCCAUGAGGGACAUCGCACCAGAAGUAAACGACGAACAUUUGUUUACCAUUGAACGAAAAGUCCAAAAUUUACUGAAAUUUAACACUCCAGAGUCAUUUUCUAGAUCAUUGAAUUAAAACACUCAUUAUUAGGAGCAUCAAUUUAUUGCAAUUUUACCUACAGUUAAGUUUACGUUUCAUUACAAAUUAAGCUCUAGUUUUGUACAAAUACAAUCUCAAAGUACCUCAAAAUCACAGUUAACCAUCAAGUAAAUGCAGUUAGUUAUUUCGGGGUUUUGAAACGUCAACAUUGACUAAAGCUCACCUAAUUGUGAGGUCAAUUUAGCGCAAGCAACAUUAAUUUUUUUGGCUCCUACACAUUAAGUACUUUAAUUUGUUGCUAAACUUGGCCAGAAUGCUCCAUAAGGAAUGUAGUGUUAAUAAAAAUCAAAAAUUA